AUGACGAUGCGGAGUGCCUCGCGCGGCCCGAGUGAGGCCGCCAUGCCGCCCGACUCGGGGUCCCGGCGGCCCCAGGGCGAGGAGGCCGAGCCCCGCGAGGUGUGGGGCAAGAAGGUGGACUUCCUGCUGUCCGUCGUGGGCUUCGCCGUCGACCUGGCCAACGUGUGGCGCUUCCCCUACCUCUGCUACAAGAACGGCGGCGGAGCCUUCCUGGUGCCGUACGGCAUCAUGCUGGUGGUGGGCGGCAUCCCGCUCUUCUACAUGGAGCUGGCGCUGGGGCAGUUCAACCGCAAGGGCGCCAUCACGUGCUGGGGCCGCCUGGUGCCGCUCUUCAAAGGCAUAGGAUACGCCGUGGUGCUGAUCGCCUUCUACGUGGACUUCUACUACAACGUGAUCAUCGCGUGGGCGCUGCGGUACUUCUUCGCCUCCUUCACCAGCGACCUGCCCUGGACCACGUGCGGCAACCCCUGGAACACGCCCCUCUGCUGGAACGGCAUCAGUUCGCCGACCUCUACCACGGCAACAACCACAGCGGAGCGGCCCUCAACGUCACCGCCGUUCACGUCGCCGGCGUCUGAGUACUUCAACCGGGCCAUCUUGGAGCUGAACAAGAGCUCCGGCCUGCACGACCUGGGCGCAGUCAAGUGGGACAUCGCGCUGUGCCUGCUCGCCGUCUACUUCAUCUGCUACUUCAGCCUGUGGAAGGGCAUCUCCACCUCCGGCAAGGUCGUGUGGUUCACGGCGCUGUUCCCUUACGCCGUGCUGCUGAUCCUGCUGGUGCGAGGCGUGACCCUGCCCGGGUCGGCGGAGGGCAUCCGCUACUACCUCAGCCCCAACUUCGCCGCCAUCACCAAGGCGGAGGUGUGGGUGGACGCGGCGACCCAGGUGUUCUUCUCCCUGGGCCCAGGCUUCGGGGUGCUGCUCGCCUACGCCUCCUACAACAAGUACCACAACAACGUGUACAAGGACGCGCUGGUGACCAGCCUCAUCAACUCGUGCACCAGCUUCGUGGCGGGCUUCGUCAUCUUCUCCGUGCUGGGCUACAUGGCGCACGCGUCGGGCCGCCCCAUCGAGGAUGUGGCGACCGAGGGCCCCGGCCUGGUGUUCAUCGUGUACCCCGCCGCCAUCGCCACCAUGCCGGGCUCCAUCUUCUGGGCGCUCAUCUUCUUCAUGAUGCUGCUCACGCUCGGCCUGGACAGCUCGUUCGGCGGCUCCGAGGCCAUCAUCACAGCGCUGAGCGACGAGUUCCCCGUCAUCGGCCACAACCGGGAGCUGUUCGUGGCGGCGCUCUUCACGCUCUACUUCCUGGUGGGACUCGCCUCCUGCUCCCAGGGAGGCUUCUACUUCUUCCACCUGCUGGACCGCUACGCUGCCGGCUACUCCAUGUUGUUCGCGGUCUUCUUCGAGAGCAUCGCCGUGUCGUGGAUAUACGGCACCCAGAGGUUCUGUGACGAUAUACGAGAUAUGGUGGGCUUCUCUCCAGGAAUCUACUGGAGAGUCUGUUGGAAAUUUGUAGCACCAGCAUUUUUAAUGUUCAUCAUCGUGUACGGCCUGGUGGACUACAAGCCCUUGUCCUACGAGCAGUACGUGUACCCGCUGUGGGCCAACGUGCUGGGCUGGGUCAUCGCUGGCUCCAGUGUCUCCAUGAUCCCCUGCAUGGCCGUCUACCUGCUCGUCAUCACGCCGGGGCCCUUCCUUAAGAGACUGAAGCACCUGACGACGCCGUGGCGCGACCACCAGCCCACGGCGCUGAACGGCGUGCAGACGGAAGCCACGCAAGUGAAGCUGGCCCAGUCACCCACCGCCGAGAGCGUGUGA